CCACGAGACACGGAGGGGAGUAUACGUAUUUUCCCUCAGCUCCCCUCACCCUGGUUUCUCGACCCCUCACACACCCAGACAGUCACCCAAGGAUCCUAGGAGCCACCCAGCAACCACAGGACACCCCCUUCCUGCUGUGUCACGUCCCAAACCUCUGCUGUGUGUGGUGCUGUGAUGGCCAGAGUGAUGCUUGUGAAAAUUAAGUAGAAACGGAAUUUUUGUAAACGUUCAGGGUGAAAUAUUGACUCAGGAAAUUUGUGAAGAAAAGAACGAGAAAGGGAGAGAGACGGAGACGAGAUUGAGAACUCCUGUAUUUUUGUGUUUUCUUCAUUUUUUGUUACUGAAGUGAUUAGAAAAAGAGGAAAUUAAUUUGAAGAUGUGAAAUGCAGUUGUUUUAAGACUCUGUGUGUGUGUGUGUGUGUGUGUGUGUGUGUGUGUGUGAGUGUGUGUGUGUGUGUAGAAGAUACCAGGCGAUGUAGGACGAAAUAAAUAGAAAAGGAAAUAGAAGGAGAUAAGAAACGAAGGAAAAAAAAAACUAAGGAAUUAUGAUUUUUCCUGGAUAAUUUGAAACUUGAGAGGAAAAAAAAUCAUUGAUAGGAAAAAAGUGAAGGGAAAGUAAAAGAAAAUGAGACACAAAUCUUGAGAGAACUGAAGUCAAAGUGAAGGAAGGAAGGAAGGAAGGAAGGGAAGAUUACUUAGAAAAGACUUCAUUCUAACUACAAACUUGCUACAUGGAGACGAAGGAAUUAAAAUGUCUUAUGCAGGUGGCCGUGUGGUGGAGCGUAGCGGCGGUGGUGGUGGGCAGCACGCUGCAGGCCGCCACGCAGGACGCCUCGCCCGAGGAGCUGCCGGUGGAGGCGACGCAAGAGGUGCGCAGCGACCCUGGCCAGGACGCCGUGGCCGCCAUGUGUCCCGCCUCCUGCUUCUGUGAGGAGGAGGCGGAGUACGCCACCUGCGUGGGGGACGGCCAGUGGGCGCCGCCGACGCUGCCGUCUGGCCUCAGCCGCGUGGAGCUGCGCAGCUUCCUGGUGCCGGAACUGGAGGCAGAGCAGCUGCGGCGCCUACCGGGGCUGCGGGAGCUGCAGCUGAACCAAUGCAACAUCUCCAGGCUGGUGGACGACGCCUUCGCCGCCAUGCCGGACCUGGACAGACUGGACCUGUCUGAAAACAGGCUGGCAGCGCUGGGUCCCGCCUCCCUGCGCGGCCUGCGGGCCCUGCACCACCUAGACUUGUCCACUAAUCUGCUAGCCAACCUGACGCAGGCCUUCACGCAUCUGCCCGCCCUGCAGCACCUCAACCUGCGGGAUAACAGGCUGGCCAGCCUGGCCAAGGACACUUUCCAGGGCCUGGACCGCGUGCAGCACGUCAACCUGGACUCCAACAGGAUCGUGUCCGUGGAGGUGGCGGCCUUCCAGCACCUCACCAGCCUGGCCGUGCUGGUGCUCUCCAACAACCCGCUCACCACGCUCUCCACGCUGGACUUCUUCGGCUCGCGGCUGCAGUACAUCGACGUGUCCAACAUCGGCAUCACGCGCGUGCCGCAGGCGCUGACACAGUUCGUACGGGAUUUGCGCCUCGCCAAGAACUCCAUCAGCGAGAUCCACCGCGGCGACCUGGACUCCUACCCCAAUCUGGGCCUGCUGGUGCUGGACGACAACGGCCUGCAGCUACUGGAGGAGGACGCCUUGGGGCGUCACGAGUGCCUCGCCUGUCUGUGGCUCAACGGCAACAGGCUGACCAGCAUCCCCCUGUCGCUGCCGCCUGCCCUCAAGUCACUCUACGUGGAGGAGAACCAGAUCGCGGCUCUGCGCGAAGGGGACUUCAGCGGCCUGGUCAACCUGGAGCAGCUGCUGCUGCAGAGGAACCACAUUGCCCGCAUCGAGCCCCACGCCUUCCGCGAGCUGGCCAGCCUCAAGACACUCGACCUGCAGGCCAAUCAGCUCGCCAACCUGACGGGCCGCGUUUUCGCCGCCCUCACCAGCCUGGACACGCUGGACCUGUCCCAGAACCCGCUGCUCACGCUGGGCGCCGACGUGCUGACGGGCCUGUCGUCCGUGAAGGUGCUGCAGAUGUCCCGCAUCCACUCCCCAGCCGUGGCCAUGCCCGAGGUGCUGUUCGACCCCCUCAAGAGCCUGCAGAUCCUGGAGAUGUACGGCUCUCCCGUGCUGGUGCGGCGCCUCGUCAAUACCACGCGCAUGCUGCACUCCCUGCGCGGCGUCAGGGAACUCAACCUCAUGCACAACGACCUGGCGGCGCUGCGGCCAGACUUCCCGGACUUCUUCCCCAAGCUGCAGGUGGCAAAGCUGAGUGGCAACGCGUGGAGAUGUGACGAGCCAGACCAGGUGAUGUGGAUGAAAAUGUGGAUGACUCACUCACCUGUCCACUUCUACAGGUCACAUAGCAUCAGGUGUGCCUCCCCAGUCUCUCUCGGAUACAAGCCAGUUAUGCUCCUUGAAUUGACUGACUUUUCCACCACUACACCACCCCAGCCACCACCACCACCACUACUACCACUACUACUACUACUACUACUACUACUACUACUACUACUACUGCAGCGACUUCCACGAGUAACGCCACACUGGUAAC